ACCCUUCCUCACAUAAUGCCCUUUUCCCCCAGACUGGAGAGUUACUCCUGCAAGAUGGCGGGGAACGACAAGCGGCUGUUCAAGCUGCUAAGUCAGGAGGGUGGGGGAGGACCCAACGAGCUUCAGGCGCUCUCCCCGCCCCAGACCAUGUCCGUCAGCCCCAGCCGCGCCUACAGUCGCAGUACCAGCGACGAGGGGGAGGGGCCGCUCUGCGACACAUGCAGCAGGAAAACCAUCUUCUACCUGAUCGGCACUCUCAACACGUCAUUCGCACCUGACUAUGACUUCAGUGAUGCGAAGAGCCAUGAGUUCAGCCGUGAGCCCAGCCUGCAGUGGGUGACCAACACCAUCGACACCCAGCUGUCCAUGGGUCUGGGGGACAAGUACACAGUGCUGCGGCCCCAGCUCUGGGCUACCAUAGACAAGGAGAUCACACUCGCAGACUGUGACAUAUACAGCUACAACCCUGACCUGACCUCUGACCCGUACGGAGAGGAGGGGUGCGUGUGGUCCUUCAACUUCUUCUUCUACAACAAGAAGCUGAAGAGGAUCGUCUUCUUCACCUGCAGGGCCGCCAGUCUGUCUGCCCAGCCAAGUGUUACGGACUCAGGCCUGGGCCAUGACCUGAGUUUUGAUGAGGGGGAUGAAGAGGACAUGAUGGAGUGUCGUGGGGGCAGCCAGGAGGUCGAAAGGUGGUCCCCUGAAAAUGACAUGGACUGAGCCAGAAAGCUACCAUGUGUUAGGAGUUAUGCCAGGUGCAGGUCACACGGUGGACACUAGGGGGGCUUCUGAACACUGGCACGGAUGGUUCUCUGCAGCUUGUGUCAGUGAAAGCUGUGGAGUGCAGGAGUACCUUAAUGAUAGAUACGUUUGUACAUGUACUUUGCUUGAGUGCAGCUUCCUGGAAGUUUGACAUAUCAUAUCGUUUCGCACUUUUGAAGUUAUUUUAGACGAAAGCUCACGUAAAAUGUGUUGCCUCUUGAGAUGGUGAUGACAAAGAGUUUUCUGAAGAUUUUGUUUAAUUUUUACCGCACCAGUAGUUUCAUGUUUUCAUUCUAUUUCAAAGACUCUUAAAGGCUAAUAAGGAGCCCAGAAGCAGAAGUGAUAGGGAAACUGUACAGGUAAAGAGGCAGUUUUGGUUAAAGCUGGUAGAAACAACAUAAAAGUGAUGUACAUGUAUGUAGAUCAACAGUAAGCAGCCCUAUAGUUCAGGGUCUUGAUGGUGUGUUGUCUAUGCCACACAUUUGCAUUCAUCGUUUUCUUUGUCAAGUUUUAUUUUUUCGUUUUGUGUUUUAUAUGUUUAGAGGUAAGGAAAGAUUUAGUGAAACAUUUAGGAUGUCCUGUUGCUUGCUAUUGAAAAGUAAGCUUGGUUGUACACUACAAUAGGUUUUGUAGACUUUGUAUAAAAAGUUAGCCCAGUCACUGUCAACCCAAGUCAGUAUUGUUCUGUUUGCUACAUGUCUGUCUUCACUGUCUGCACCUUUUUCCAUGUCUGUCCUCACUAAAGCAAACAAAACUCUUCUGUAGCUUUUCUAGGUCUUAGAUUCUACAUUUUUAACACAAAUCCUCAAAAUCAGUUUUCAUUUUGAACAAAAAUCAGAAAAAGGCUUCAUAACUUGAUUCAAUCCAUAAAAAUUUUCAGUCUCUAUUGCUUUACUAGAGAUGUAUAUGGGUACAAAACAAACAGGCUGAUUGAAGGUGUAUAUAUUAUAUAUAGUGUCAGUGUCUUCUGUCCUGUACUUAAACUUGAAAGCGAGAAGGAAUGCAGUACUCCGUAUGUGUACAUAACUCUGGACAGGGCUGGACUAAGGGAAAGAAGCUGCUUUUGUUUGCUGUAUGGAAAUAAAACCUUUUUUUAUACAAAAGAA